AUGACGUUCGACCUCGCAAAGAUUGUGAGACCCAAAAUCUACAGUUUGGAAGCCUACCGUUGUGCUAGAGAUGAUUUCAAGGAGGGGAUUCUACUUGACGCCAAUGAAAAUGCACAUGGGCCUACGUUGAAAGUACUUGAUGAGUCUCUUUCCCAAUUACACAGAUACCCAGACCCUAAUCAAGUGGAGUUCAAAGAGAAAAUCACCGCUCUACGGAAUUCGAACUCAGCUUAUAAAAGUGAAAACCUGGAUCCUUUAACUUCUGAAAACGUUUGCCUCGGCGUUGGAUCUGAUGAAAGCAUUGACGCUUUGAUUCGUGCCUGCUGUGUGCCAGGUAAGGAAAAGAUUUUAAUAAUGCCUCCCACUUACGGCAUGUACACCAAUUGUGCUGAUAUUAACGACGUAGACUACGUCAAGGUACCUCUUGUUGUCGAAGACAAUUCCUUCCAAAUGGACACGCCCGCGGUCCUUGAGGCUCUCCGGAACGAUCCUGCCAUUAAGCUCAUCUUUAUCACGUCGCCAGGGAAUCCAACGGGAGCACUUAUAAACUCUAAGAGCAUUGAAACGGUAGCGUCGCAAUGGCAAUCUGGUAUUGUGGUUGUUGACGAAGCUUAUAUUGAUUUCAGCAUUUCUGGUGGAUCCGCAGCCCCUCUUGUAAACAAAUACCCCAACGUAGCAGUCUGUCAAACUUUAUCGAAGUCCUUUGGCUUAGCAGGCGUUCGACUAGGGAUGACAUUUGCAUCGAAGCCUCUAUCAAGAGUUCUGAACGCAAUGAAAGCUCCCUACAAUAUCUCUUCACUGACAUCGCAGGUCAUGUUGAAGGCUAUGGAACCAGAUUCUAUCGAAAGAAUGAAAUCUACAGUCAAAGAGAUCAUUGAACAGAGAGCCCGCGUUCUCAAGGAGCUAACAUCGUUGGAGAAUGUUGAAAACAAUCACGUUGGUGGUUUGGAUGCUAAUUUCAUCAUGGUAAGAAUCUUGGAUGGUGAUAAACCCUCUAAUGAAGUUGCCAAGAAGUUAUACUAUAAACUUGCUUCCGAAUCAAAGGUUGUGACCAGAUUUAGAGGUACGGAAUAUGGGUGUACGGGCUGCCUCAGAAUCACUAUCGGCACAAAAGAGGAGAACGAUGUGUUAAUCGAAGAGUUUGCCAAAACUCUUAGAGAACUUCAAGUCUAA